AUGAACGAUACUCAUCUCAAAGGCAGUGUAAAAUCCGAGCCCGUGAAAACGUCACAAGUGCCACCGCAGCAUGCAACGUCGUGUCAGUGGCCACACCCGACACGUCAACCGACCGCAGAGGCAGGACCGUCGCACAUAUCAGUUCACAAACUGGACCUGUCUCCUGAGGAAGCACCACGAGACCUCACGUCACGAAUAUCGACGUCAUCCUCAGCUAAAGCAAGGCGAAAACGGUUGGAACUUGAGGCAGCGAAGGAAAAGGCCAGGAUACAGAUGGAGUUGAUCGAUAAAAAGCUAGAAGCAGACCUAGCUGACCUGGAAGAUGAAUACAGUCCACCAAAUGGAGACCGCGAGAGCAUUCAUACUCGCACCGACGUCGAGAAGUGGCUGGACCACAGCCAGCAUGAGAUGGAGAAGGAGCAGCGAGCCCCCCACAAUGGUAAACCCCCGGGCGAGCUGAAUCCACAAAAUGGUGCCAUCGAGAUGCUGACGAGCGCACUGAAGCAGCUAGCCACUACUCCCAUUCAUGGACCCAACCCGCAACUACUGAGCCGUAUGAGCAUCCCAAAGGACUUACCUGAGUUCGCUGGAGACCCCCUGGAGUGGCUUCACUUUAAACAGUCCUACGAGGAGUCAACACAAAUAUGCGGCUUCACUGAUAAGGAAAACGUCUGGAGGCUUCGAAAAUGUCUUCGAGGACCUGCAAAAGAAGCUGUAUCUGCAUUAUUGAUUUGUGCAACGUCACCCGAUCAGCUGAUGUCUACAUUGGAGCUCAGAUUUGGUAACCCAGAUUUUAUAUUAACUAAAAUCACGCAAGAUGUACAGAAGUUACCACCGUUGCCAUUGGAUUAUCAAAGUGAAAUAGUGCCUUUUGCUGUUAAAAUCCAGAAUUACGUAACAGCAGUACGUGCAGUGGGGCGUGACGAAUACCUACGCGGUGUUCACCUAGCGAAUAUUAUUUUGGCCAAGCUGCCCACUGUACUAGUUUCCAAAUGGGCGGAUUAUUGUUACCCUAGAUUGAAAGGAGAAAUUGAUAAGUCAAGAAUUGACAUGAUUUCUGAUUUCCUUCACGAGGAGGCACUAAAAAUGUCAACCACGGCCAACGUUACUACAUCAGCUCAACGUUACAAUCAAAACAAAUACAGGCAGCACGAAAGUAACGCUAGAAACUCACAAAGUAUACUACUUCAACACUCCGACGCUAAGAGCGAGCAUAGUGAAAAAUGCAACUUUUGUAAACAAGAUGAACACCAGCUGACAAGUUGCAAAUCAUUCAAGAAAGCAUUACGCAAAGAUCGAUGGCGCCACGUCAAGCGAUACGGCUUAUGUUUUAAAUGCCUACUAUCGCGGCACGGCAGAGAUAACUGCACUGCGCCCGCUUGCGAUCAAGACGACUGCGGCGGGGCGCAUCACCGGCUGUUACACAACCCUCCGCAGCGGCACGGGGCCGAGGCGACCGCCGAGAGCAAGAAGACCUCAUCGAGUACGUCAACUACCGAGACUGUGGCCCAUAUGAGUGUUACGGACAAAAAAGUGCUGUUGAAAGUAGUGCCGGUCGAAAUUCACGGUCCUAACGGUAAAAUAAGUGCGUGUGCGUUAUUAGACGACGGGUCUACAAUAUCAGUGAUAAGCUCGCAGCUGGCUGCGCGCGCAGGGCUGCGCGGCGGCCGCAGCGAGCCCAUGCGUGUGCGCGGCGCGUGGGGCGACGAUGCGCUUGUGUGCGCGUCGACAGCGCUCACUCUGGACUUGUCUAGUAAGGGAAGUGAUAACAGAUUGUUUACAAUUAAUUUGCGAAGUGUUGAUAACUUAGAUUUGCCUGUUCAAGAGUUUUCACUAGCUAAAUGUAAAGAGUAUGAUCAUUUGAAAAAUGUAACUAUAAACUGUAAUGAUUUGUGUAAGCCAGAAAUAUUAUUAGGUCAAGACAAUUAUCAUUUGUUAAUGCCUUUAGAGAUUUAUGUUGGUAAAAACAAUGAGCCGUCAGCUACACGAACCCCCCUGGGCUGGUGCGUGCACGGAGUAAUGCACUUGCCGUGCGCUGGUUCUUCUUCUCCCUACACCACCUUACUCAUUUCAGCAUCAGCGUCUGAUGAUGAACGUGCUCUUCGGGACCUCAGUGAUGAGGUGCGGCGCUCCUUUUCUAUAGAUGCUUUGGGAGUGACAGGUAAACCACGACAGAACAAAGACGAGGUGCGCGCGGUGGCCAUGCUGGACGAGGGUGCGCAGCUCAUUGACGGCAGGUGGCACGUCAACUUGCCGUGGAAGGACCCAAACUGUAAGUUACCUGACAGUUACCCUAAUGCACUUUCCCGACUGCACAGCGUUGAGAGGAAAAUGUCAGCUGACCAGGAGUACGCGAGUAGGUACAGGGAGCGUGUAAAACACUUGCUAGAAAAUAAUUUUGCCCAAGAAACGCAAAAUACCGAACGGUCGCCAAGAACUUGGGCCUGA